GCGAGCAAGCUGGGGCGUCAUUGCGGCGACAAUGGUGGCGGGAACCGAAGCUUUCAUGGGAGGAGCUCCUCCCAUGCUGGCUCCUUCUGCCUCCCUUUCUGCUAAGGCAACCAUGGUUGGCCCUUCCAGCAGGAAGGCUCCUGCAUGCCUUGCUCUCAGGAUGCAAGACAACGAUGGGCCGGCUUCUCCCAAGAGGAUGGGUGCCUCGGUUGAUGCCGAUGGAAAGAGCAAUGUGUGGGCGGUUGAGCCCAAGAUGCAGGUUCAGGAUCCUGAGAGUUCGGGACAGAGCACUGCCCUGAUCGGCGGCGUUGCUGCCGCAGGCAUUGCUGCGAUUGCUGCGAUCCUCUCAUCCGGGAUUCUCAACAACGUCGAGCAGCGAUAAAAGAGAUGCAUGCUGGGGAUUAAAAUGAGGAACGAGAGCCUCUCUUGCAAAACUGAGACUAGAAUUAAAGAAUCAUCCUUUCUUCG